ACUACAUUUGUUUUUUCUAGUGCUUUACGAUCAUUCCCACUAAUCAUUCAUCAUGAAGGUCAGAGCUUUGAAACAGAGGACCAUCAGCAUUUUCUUUUCAAAGUAUGGUAUCAUCUUUCUCAUUCUGGUUGGGUUUAUCAUCAUCAUCAUUGUCAUCCUGCUACAUGACACAAAUCUUCCUGAGUUUCAUCAUGGCAUAAAAAGAAACUCCUCAGAAGGUAAAUCACACCCUGACCUCCAGUCUAACUUCUGCAGCUUCCAGCCAUAUUCUGUGGCUCUGGGGGAAGCUGUGGAAGAACGGCGCCUCCUCGACUCAGUUACUUGGCCUGAAACUCCACUGAUUCCAGUUAACUUUACCCUGAAGCAGACCAGUGAUCCUGCCCACAGCACUUUCACAAUUCUUCCAGGAGGAGGGGAGUGGCGUGUGGGGGAUCACCUGAAGGUUAUCAUUCAAGUGAAGGAUUUUGAAGGCCAUCCAAAGACGUCUGGGGGAGACUUCAUAGUGGCUCGGUUGCACAACCCAAAGCUUGGUGCCGGUGUGGCCGGGCAGGUUCUGGAUCAUGUCAAUGGGUCUUACUCAGCUGUGUUCCCUCUGCUCUGGAAUGGAAGUGCAGAAGUUCAGGUGACACUGGUUCACUCCAGUGAGGCUGUCACAGUCCUGCGUAGGCUGAGCACAGAGCAGCCAGACAGGAUUCAUUUCAAAAGUCUUUUCCGUUCAGGCUCAGAGUCUGAAACCACGACCUGCAACAUCUGCCUGAGACCAAACAAUCAGCCGAUAUGUAACUACACCGACCUCCGUACAGGGGAACCAUGGUUCUGCUUCAAACCAAAAAACCUGAACUGUCAUACCAGGAUCAACCACUCUAAAGGAGGAUACAAGGAAAACCUCAGGAAAAAUGAGAAGGAGCUGUUUCAGAGUCAUGUCAACUUGAAAGUCUCCAUUCAGGCUGUAGGUUCUACCAGUGUCCUGGUGUUACCAAAAAAGGAAGGUAACAAUGAAAAAAAGGACAGUAUUGUAACACCUGGACCCUUUGGCUACUACUACCAGCAAGUGUGGCAAGCUCUAGGUGGCACCCCAGUCCGCCAGUUCAGCAGCCCCUCUGCCAUUACUGAAUGUCUGAAAGGCAAGGUGAUCCACCUGUAUGGAGACUCCACCAUCAGGCAGUGGUUUGACCAUCUCAGGGAAGCACUACCAGAUCUGAAGGAGUUUGACUUACACAGUUCAAAGCAAUCUGGACCUUUCAUGACCUUAGACUAUCCAAACAACAUCAUGGUGACUUACCGCUGUCAUGGGCCUCCUAUUCGUUUUGGUGAUGUACCAACCAGCCAGCUGCGUUACAUCGCCAAUGAGCUAGAUGAUGUGGUUGGAGGAAGUAAUACUGUUGUAGUUAUUGGCAUCUGGUCUCACUUCAGCACUUUUCCCAUUGAUAUCUACAUCCGGCGGCUGCAGACCAUCCGCAGAGCUGUGAUUGGCCUGCUGGACAGAGCUCCAGGUACACUGGUCAUCAUCCGUACUGCAAACCUCAAACAGCUGACACUUUAUGAGACUCUGACCAACAGCGACUGGUACUCACUGCAGCGGGACAAGGUGCUCAGGGCAAUAUUCAAAGGAAUCAGUGUCCACCUGGUGGACGCCUGGGAGAUGGUCCUGGCCCACCAUCUGCCUCACAACCUCCACCCACAACCUCCUAUUAUAAAAAACAUGAUUAAUGUCGUCUUGUCCUAUAUUUGCCCUAAAUGAGGUGGUUAGAUGUGUUUCCUGUACAGGGGCGUUUAAGAUUCAAGCACAGAUGUUGAGUUUGCGUCGUAUGUCUGUGCUUCCACCAGAUGCUGCAUUCUGAUCCAGCAGUCACAAAGCAAUUAAUUUAUAUUUAUAAUAUAUUUCCAACCUCAGUUUAAUGAGCAUAGGGGUUUUGUUUGUUUUGUUUUUUUUGUAUGAAGUUGAGAGUAUUCUUAUAUCAUGCUGACUUGGGUAAAAGGUAGAAUGUGUUUACUGUAGUUUACUAUAGUAUAUCUAUGAGGUUUUUCUGCAAAUAUUUCAAUAUUUAUAUUAAUAUUAAUAAUAUUUGUGUACAAUUUUAAGGGUGACAAAAAUA